UUACGUGAUCUUCCAUUAGCUGAUCCAACAUUUGGUGUCCCAGGGCCGGUGGAUUUACUCCUUGGAGCGGACAUCUGGCCGUCACUUAUAUUAAAUGACGUAAUAGUUGGAGCCCAGAAUGAACCAUGUGCAUUGAAUACGCGUUUAGGUUGGAUAGUACUUGGUCCAGCAGCAUCUAAUACAUCCGCGUCGCCACUCUGCUCAUUGGUAGUGGACGUCGGCAAUGACGAUAGCACUAUACAUCAACUUUUACAGUGGUUCUGGGAGAUCAAAGAGCCAUCUAGCGGAACAAUGCUCGAAAUAGACGUUUGUGAAGACAUUUUUUGCGAGACUGUCACGCGAUGUCCAGAUGGUUAAUACUGUGUACAGAUACCAUUCCGUCCCGAUGCACCCGCGCUUCGGAGGUCACACCCUGCUGCCCUGCAACAAUUUCUUCAACUCGAUAGAAGACGCAAUCGACUCAACAACGAAGGAGAAUUAUAUUCGGUUCACGCACGAGUAUGAGGAUCUAGGGAACGUGGAGGCUGUCGACAUCACCGAUGAAAAUCCGAGUCAAUGCUUUUACAUACCACAUCACGCGGUUACGAAUAAUUCCGUGCGGUGUUCAAUGCUUCAGCAAAAGCAUCAACCGGUGUGUCUUUGAACAAUACGCAAUAUUCUGGGCCACCACUGCAAGAUAAUUUAUUUGACAUCCUUCAUCGAUUCGGCCUCUAUGCUUUAGCCCUUACUACAGAUAUAACGAAGAUGUUCCGGCAAGUACUGGUGGACCCAAUGCAUCGAAAGUGACAGCAGAUUCUUUGGAGAAAACCCCCUCAUGAACCCUACCUAUCAGCUCAAAACUGUAGCAUACGGUAUGGCAAGUGGGCCUUUCAACGCCAUUCGGACAUUGAAGCUAUGUGCUCUUGAUAAUUAGGGAGUUAUCGCUGACGUCAGCCGGGGAACCGCAGCAUGAGACAGCAUUCUCCAAAGCUUCUAUGUCAACGACUACUUAGACAGUGUUCACACCGCAGAACUGGCCAUCAAUCAAGCGCGCGACGUUGGUGACAUUCUCCGGCAAGGUAAAUUUGAGUUAGAAAAGUGGAACUCGAAAAGCACGCAAACAAUAGCAGCGCUCAACAGCGCGAAAACGUCGAACGUGGAGAGGAACUUGGGCGAUUCUAACACUACGGUACUAGGUGGUACUAGGCCUGCAUUGAAAUCCCAUCACAAAUCUUUUGUUUUUUAAGGUUAAGGUAUGUAAAGUUCAUAGCAGUCCUACUAAACGAACGGUCUUAAGUGAUAUUGCCAGGCUAUACGAUCCAUUGGUGUUAUUGGCCCCGGUUUUCGUGACAACGAAAAUACUGGUUCAAAAGCUUAGGAUGGCCAAACUAAGUUGGGAUUCCAAUUUGCCAUCUGGGCUACCGGAAAUUUGGCUGAAAUUUCGAGAUAGUCUCAUUUCACUCGAACGAGUUAGAAUAUCACGUUGGCUGGGCAUUUCAGAAACGUCAAUACCAACGUUUCACGAGUUUCGUGAUGCGAGCACCAAGGCUUAUGCCGCAGUUGUUUACAAAGAGUGCAUUGAUCUCAACGGGGAGUCGCAUUUCAUCCUAGUGGCAGCUAUUCCCCGUCUGGAGCUAUCUGCCGCACAACUCCUAACCACACUCAUGUAUAAUGUACGUCGCGCUCUUCGUUUGGAGGAUGCUACAUGUAACUUAUGGAGGGACUCCACGAUUGUCUUUCACUGGAUUCGUCGACAUCCGGCUUCAUUGAAACAGUUUGUAGCUAACCGCGUAGCAUACAUACAAUCGAAAUCAGACUCCGGUACCUGGCGCCACAUUAUAUCCGAAUUUAAUCCCGCCGACUGUGCGAGUCGUGGAAUAACUGCAUCGGAAAUAGAAAAUAAUCUACUUUGGUGGGGUGGCCCAACCCUUUUUCAUCAGGUCGAGAAGGCGUUAUCAGAACUCCCUGACUUGACAAAUGACGAACAACAAGUCUUCAUCAUUGAGAGCCGUGCACUUAAUAUCUUUCUUGGUGUGGGAGUUGAGGCGCGAUUAUUAAUGACGUCAUUUGGAACACUGCGAAUUCCCUUGGUAGAAAGAUUUUGCCGACUGGAAGCGCUACUCAAUACGAACGCACGCAUUUGACGCCUAAUUCCCAUCUUUCGGGAGCUGCGCUCAAACGAGGUGGUUACAGCAGAGGAGAAGGAAUGGGUAUUGAAAAUUCACAUACGUCAAAGUCAAGUGUUGGCACGUCGAGUAAACUGCUCCCGCUGGACCCUAUCUUAGAUCUUAGAACGAGGUAUCCUAUGGCUCGGUGGACGCUUAACUAAUGCAGAAUUUCCAGCUGAUCAGAACCAUCUAAUAAUUCUUGCCAAGAAAUGCGCUUUGGCAAAAUUACUGGUUAUCGAUGCUCACCGACGAUGUAUGCAUGGCGGGAUACAGGAGAUGCUUUACUACGUGCGACCGAAAUUUUGGAUUAUACAUGCCCGACAACUGGUGAAGUCAAACCAAUGUGCUGUAUGCCGGCGACAUUCUCGGGCCACCCAACAGCAGCAGAUGGCGUCCCUUCCUAAAUAGCGGGUGAUGGUGGCGCCACCCAUACCGGAUUGGACUACUCUGGCCCAUUCAACGUUCGACUUGGAGGAAAGCGAUCCACAACUUUGAUCAAAUCAUAUGGUGCGAUAUUUAUUUAGCAUCAAUUGGUAUGCAGUGGAAAUUUAUCACUCCAGCCGCACCUCAUCAUGGAGGAUUAUGGGAGGAAGCUGUACGUUCAGCCACGAAGCACCUGUAUGGAUUAUCGGCCGUCAGACCCUAUGCUUUAAUCAGUUAAGUACGUUGCUCAUUCGAAUCGAAGCAUGCUUAAACUCGAGGCCUCUCGUUCCCCUUUAUGACGAUCCCAGCGGA